GGCACAUGUGCGCGGAAAGCUGCAUUCAGAGCUUAAAAUAACGGAAAAUAAGCACUUGAUCUCUAAAUAAUGGACCCAAAAUUGGAGACUAUCAAAAUGAUGGCUCGUAUUCGACGUUACUCAGAUGUGAUGUCCCUGCCGGACUCGUUCAUCCAGAGACAGCAGCUGGACGCCAGUAUGGCCGACACCUUCCUGGAGCACCUGUGUCUGCUGGACAUCGACCAGGAGCCAAUCACAGCACGCAACACCAACAUCAUCUGCACAAUCGGUCCUGCCUCUCGGUCGGUUCCAAAACUACAGGAGAUGAUCAAAGCAGGAAUGAACAUUGCUCGCCUCAACUUCUCUCACGGCUCACAUGAGUACCACGGAGAGACCAUCAAAAACAUCCGGGAGGCCGUGGAUACGCUCACCUCUGACCCUCUGUACUAUCGACCGGUCGCCAUAGCGCUGGACACCAAGGGCCCUGAGAUACGCACAGGAUUGGUCAAAGGGAAGGUGGAGGAGGAGGUGGAGUUGAAAAAGGGCGAUCAUGUUCGUGUGCUGACAGCAGAGAGUGACAAAGACAAAACAGAUGGAUCUGUGGUCUGGGUGGAUUAUCCCAGUCUGCCCAAAGUCCUGGACAAUGGAGGCAUCAUAUAUAUUGAUGACGGACUGAUCGGGCUCAAAGUGGUGGAAAUAGGUGAGGACUGGGUGGACACUGUGGUGGAGGCUGGUGGUGUCCUGUGUAGCCGUAAAGGGGUGAACCUCCCUGGGUGUAACCUGAUCGGGCUGAAGGCGGUGAGCAAGCGUGACGAGGCAGAUCUGCGUUUUGGCGUCUCCCAGGGCAUCGAUAUCGUAUUCGCCAGCUUCAUCCGCUCUGCACAGGACGUCAGAGAUGUACGCAAAGCUCUGGGUCCUUAUGGGCAGGGCAUCAAAGUUAUCAGUAAAGUGGAGAGCCGCCAAGGAGUCCAGAAUUUUGAGGAGAUCCUGAAGGAGAGUGACGGGGUAAUGGUUGCUAGGGGAGACUUGGGGAUUGAGAUUCCGGCGGAGAAGGUCUUCAUCGCUCAGAAGAUGAUGAUUGGACGCUGCAAUUCGGCCGGAAAACCCGUCAUAUGUGCUACGCAGAUGUUGGAGAGUAUGGUGGCCCACCCACGGCCCACCCGAGCCGAGGGCAGUGAUGUAGCCAACGCGGUGCUGGAUGGAGCCGACUGUGUCAUGUUGUCUGGGGAAACGGCCAAAGGACACUUCCCAGUGGAGGCGGUGGCCAUGAUGCACUCGAUCUGCAGGGAGGCGGAGGCAGCCAUCUACCACCAGCAGCUGUUUGAGGAGCUGCGACGUCUCACCCCCCUGUCGUCUGACCCCACCGAGGUCACUGCCAUCGGGGCCGUCGAGUCCUCCUUCAAGUGCGGAGCUGGGGCCAUUAUUGUGCUCACCACCACUGGAAGGUCGGCACAUCUGUUGUCACGUUACCGCCCUCGCUGUCCCAUCAUCGCAGUGACCCGAAGCCCUCAGGUGGCCCGGCAGUCUCAGCUGUUGAGGGGGGUGUUCCCGGUGCUCUUCCACCCUCUGCCCGCUCAGGUGUGGGCCGACGAUGUGGACAACAGGGUCAACUUCGGCAUGGACAUAGGGAAGGCUAGAGGGUUCUUCAAACCUGGAGACAUGGUGAUCGUGGUGACCGGCUGGAUCCCGGGCAGUGGACACACAAACAUCAUGAGAUCGGUCAAUGUCCCAGAAUGAGAACCUGAUUGAGAACUCCACCUGCUGUUUAUGUCUAUUUUUUAUUAGGUGUACAGUUAAGUUAUCUGUGGAUCCCGGUGUCCUAUCUGGGAAUCCUCUUUCAAUGCAACAACUGUAAAAUAAAACAAUAAAAUGUAAUUUAUAGUAUACAAAUCCUCUGUCACUAUUACUGUAUAUUGGUUAGGCAUAACUCUUUUUCAUGAUAUUGGUGGUCUUAUUUUUAGGUUUUAAUAAACUUUAAUUUCUGACACGUUUGUAUGUAUUCAGGAAUUUGAAUUAAAG